GCAGGAGCUAGUGGUCUGACUGCCAUAAAAUGUUGCCUGGACGAGGGGUUAGUUCCAGUUUGCUUUGAAAAAAGUGAAGUAAUUGGCGGGCUAUGGAACUUCAGAGAAAAUCGUGAUGGACAGGCGAGUGUAUUCAAAUCAACAAUUAUCAACUCUAGCAAAGAGAUGAUGUGUUUCAGUGAUUUUCCAAUCCCGAAGAAAUUUCCAAAUUUCAUGCAUAACACGUACGUGCAGAAAUAUUUAGAGUUAUAUGCUGAGACAUUUGACUUGAAGAAGUACAUUUGCUUUCGGAGCGUUGUUGAGCAUGUCACUCAGUGUGAAGACUUCAGGCAGACAGGCCAGUGGAAAGUGACGUUUAAAAAUGUUGAAACUGAUGUUACUUCGAUCGAAGUAUUUGACGGUGUGAUGGUUUGUAAUGGUCACCAUUGUGACCCUUAUGUUGCCAAGUUUGAAGGCCAGGAGAAAUUUAAAGGGAGAGUCCUGCACACUCAUGACUAUAUAGAUUACCAUGGGUUCGAAGGCAAGAGGGUUGUUAUUGUUGGUAUCGGUAAUUCUGGUGGUGAUGCUGCUGUUGAACUCAGCCGACAUGCUGAACAGGUAUUUUUAAGUACAAGAAGGGGAGCAUGGGUUGUGAAUCGUGUUGCAGACAACGGUCUUCCAGGCGACAUAUUACGCGGAACAAGAUUUAAUACAAUGGUGCCAGCUUUGGUUGUCAAUAGACUUGCAGAAAAGCAAGCUAAUAUGAGAUUCAACCACACCAAUUUUGGCCUUCAACCAGAACAUAGAUUUCUGUCACAACAUCCAACAGUCAAUGAUGAUCUUCCCAACAGAAUAAUCGCUGGCUUUGUGAAGAUCAAGAGCAAUAUUAAAUGCAUCAACGAGACAUCUGUGGAAUUUGAUGAUGGAACGUGUGAGGAUGACAUUGACAUUAUUAUCAUGGCAACUGGUUACACGUACAGUUUUCCAUUCAUCGAUGAGUCAAUCCUGAAAGUGGAUGCGAACCAGACAUCGUUGUAUAAGUAUGUUCUGCCACUUGGAGUGACCCCAUCAACCUUAGCCAUCAUUGGUCUAGCUCAGCCAUUGGGGUCUACCAUUCCAAUAUCAGAGAUUCAAAGCCGUUGGGCAGCGCUUCUAUUCAAGGGUGCUGUCAAAGCACCCUCGCAGUUUAGUAUGCAAAAGGAUAUCGUCCUAAAGAAAGAGGUGAUGGAGAAACGUUAUGUGAAAUCUCAACGCCACACAUUACAAGUAGAUUGGAUUCCUUACAUGGAUGAGAUUGCCUCAGAAUUUGGCGUGAAGCCAAAUCUAUAUAAGAUCUUUCUUGUGAAUCCCAGGUUUGCUUUGAAGUGUUUGUUUGGACCAUGUCACCCUUUCCAGUAUCGGCUGAUGGGCCCUGGAAAGUGGGAUGGUGCCAAAGAGGCAAUAGAAUCUGGGCUGGAUAGAGUAAUUUACCCAACAAAAACCAGAGUUUUGAAAUCAAAUAAUCAAGCGGAGAGCGGAGGUUUUAUGAAAGUGCUAUGGGUGCUUGUACUAGUAGCAGUAUUUGUAGCAAUCGUGAUCAAAUACUGAUAUGUGUAACAUCACACUUAAUUAGUCAGAUGCUUGUGAUAUUAGAUGCUAAAUUCAUUUGUAUUUACAUCAUUACUGCCUUAUUACUUUGAAUUAUUUUCAUUAUUUUUGUUGGUAAAAUUGUCAAUAUUUUUAUGUACUUGUAAAAUUUUGACAUUUUUCUAAUUAAAUAACUUUUAACAUUAUUUAAAUACCAGUAAUACAUU